AUGGCUUCUCAGCAGAUCCGCACUCCCAUCACCGAUCUUUUCAAGAUCAAGCACCCCAUCUUGCUGGCCGGCAUGAACGUCGCCGCCGGUCCCAAGCUGGCGGCUGCCGUCACCAACGCCGGCGGCAUGGGCGUCAUCGGCGGUGUCGGAUACACUCCAGAGAUGCUCAAGGAGCAGAUUGCUGAGCUCAAGAGCUACCUCAAUGACAAGAACGCUCCCUUUGGUGUUGACCUGCUUAUCCCCCAGGUUGGUGGCAACGCCCGUAAGACCAACUAUGACUACACCAAGGGCAAGCUCAACGAGCUUACCGACAUCAUCAUCGAGUCCGGCGCCAAGCUGUUCGUCUCCGCCGUCGGUGUCCCCCCCAAGGCCAUCGUCGACAAGCUGCACAAGCAUGGCAUCCUGUACAUGAACAUGAUCGGCCACGUCAAGCACGUCCAGAAGUGCAUCGACGUCGGCGUCGACAUCAUCUGCGCCCAGGGCGGUGAGGGCGGUGGCCACACCGGUGAUAUCCCCACCACUGUCCUGAUCCCCGCCGUCGUCGAGAUCUGCAACAAGCACAAGUCUCCCCUGACCGGCGGCCCCGUCCAGGUCAUCGCCGCCGGUGGCAUCCACAACGGCCAGCUGCUGGCCGCCGCCCUCAUGAUGGGCGCCGGCGCCGUCUGGGUCGGCACUCGCUUCAUCCUGACCGACGAGGCUGGCGCGCCCAAGUCGCACAAGGAGGCCGUCCGCACCGCCGGCCACGACGACAACGUCCGCACCAUCAUCUUCACCGGCCGCCCCAUGCGCGUCCGCAACAACUCUUACAUCAACGACUGGGAGACCAACCGCCAGCAGGAGAUGAAGGAGCUCGCCGCCAAGGGUGUCAUCCCCUACGAGGCCGACCUCGACAAGGUCCUCAACGGCGGCGAGAAGCCCAAGAUUGAGGGCAUCCAGACCAGCGCCAACGAUGACGACGACGACGAUCCUCUUGAGCAGUUCCGCCCCUUCUUGAUGGGCAAGGCUGCCGCCGUUGUCAACGAGCAGAAGCCCGCCAAGGCUGUUGUGGAUGAGUUCAUUACCGAUGCCGUUGCCUGGCUGAAAAAGGGCAACUCUAUGCUGGUUGGCCCUUCAUCCAAGCUGUAA